CUGAGGGAGCGGGGUCGUAUAAAGACACGCUCGACACAAGCCGGGCUUUAUCCUCCCCUGUCUGUCGCGCUCACUCAGACCUCACAGGAAACCUGCAGCUCCCCCCCGACCCGCCGGCUCGCCCUCCAGCUCCCCCAAAACUUUCACACACAAGUUCCCGCCGUCUCAGCGGAGAGGAUGGCUGCAUCCGGGAGGAGAAUGAAUGGGCUCUGCAGGAGCAUGGCCGGGGCUCUGCUGCUCUGCACUCUGUUGCUCAACAGUGAGGUGAUGUGUCAGGACGACGACGACGCGCCAGAUGCCCCAGAUGCCCCAGAUGCCCCAGAUGCGCCAGAUGCCCCGGAUGGAGACAGCGUGGAUGAUGCUGCUGACCCCCCGACCGCCGCCGCCGCUGUCCCAGAUGCCUCGGCGGGCCCGGAGGCCUCCGCCGCCCCUGCCGCGGCCUCUGACGCCCCUGACCCCACCGACGCGGGCGACCCGGUCAUCCCCGCAGGCAGUGGGGAGUCUGCUACGGCCUCCGCCGCCUCCAGUGACAAACCGGUCCCAGCAACCCCCGCAGACAGUGCCCCUCACAUCGUCCCCUUGGAAAAUAAGGAGGCUGUUACAGAGGCACCUGUGGAGAUGAUCAAAUCAGUCGUGCCUGAAGUGAAGUGUGUCGGGAAAGAAGGGAUCCAAGAAGGCAAAGCUGUCAAGGCUGAAGUGGCCACAUCUGACUGUGAGGCCACAAAGCAAAUUAUUCUGAGUAACCCUGCACCCUGGUGCUCCUUGGAAAGCUGUAACCUGGAAAUCUUCCAGGAUGGCAACAAAGUACUCGUGGCCAGUGGAGACGCUGAUUUUGCUACUUUGGCUGGCGCCCUCAAGAGCGAAGAGUUGAAAGAAACGUUGGGCGUGACCAAUACUGAGACCCCGGCAUCCACAGGUUCCUCUGUAUUUGUGGGAAUACUGGUCACUGGUCUGCUCGCUGCCAUUGCGAUCACCGUAGGGUACUUCAAGUUCCAGCGCAGGCCUAGCGCCAAGGGAGCGGGGCCGGCAGAGGAGGCCAAUCAGGUAGAUCAAGAGAAUCAGGGUGACACCCUUUUAUCCGUGGCCCCCCUCAACCCACCUCCUGAAACCCCGGAGAAACCCAGUGUAAACGGAGAGUCCCCGGAAGCGGCCAAGACCCAGACUCCCCCUACCAACGGCCACUCCACCACCAAGACAGCAGACACGGAGCUGUGAAACGGUCCCUCAGCAGCUCCAGGAAUGCCCUUCCACACAGACACUCACACACACUCACACACACACACACACACAUACACGUUUCAAGAUUUUCUAAACCACAAAAAAAAAAACUGCCUAACAACAGAGGCCCAUCAGAGAUUCUUAUAAUCUCCUUUACAUCCGCACUCGGUUGUUUUCGGGCCUCUGGACUCCUCCUCAGGCUGUGUCCCAACAAACACGGGGGAAAAAAACUGGCCCGACGACGACACUAUUGGCAGAGGUGACGUUCACACACCGACGACGGCUCCGUCCCCUGGGCUGUUGACGGCAGCCUGGCGGGGGGAAAACCAGCCGGGAGAUUUGGCAGUUUCUAAGCGCGAGGCGUUUUCGAGCAAUAAACCGGCGCUGGCUCGGCCUCUGAAGUCACAGCGACGGGCUGUCAAAGUCCCAGCGUGUCAUCUGGUUUCAGGCUCCCUCCACCACUAAACCAAGUUUGAUGUCAAUCCAUAACAGACAG